AUGAUCCUCAUGCCAGCAUCUCUCGGCGACAUAGUCGCCCUCGCCCAGAUCAUCACCCUCAUCGCCAACGCCCUAAGAGAAGGAUCGGGCGCUUCCGAAGAGUAUCGGAACCUUAUCGACGAUCUAUUCGCGUUCUGUCGGACCCUCGACAACGUCAAGGACUUUCUUGAGCAGCUGGAGUCGACGCCCAGCAACGAGAAAGUGAGGUCGGGGAUCUAUGAAGAAAUCCUCCGCUGCCGUGCACUCGUGAACUCGUUCCUCGCGGUCAUUGCGCCGUAUUAUAGGGCGCUUCACGGUCAAGUGCUGACGAGACGGAGAAGUUUUUCUGUGCGUGUUGUAUUUCGCAAAGUCUGGUGGGCCCUGUUUCGGAGAGAGGACGUCGCGAGGGUUCAGAAGAGGAUUAUAGCACACCAAAUGAAUUUGGUGAUACUCAUUACCACGUAUGAAUCCUCUGGAUCUACUUCUCUUGAGUGUCGCCUUUUCAUUCAAUUCGAUCAUUCCCAGUUCGAGUGUGGAGAAGCGUGCGAUUGUCGUCGAGAUACCGAAGAGAAUGCAGCUCUCUGA